UCUGUCUUGGAUGUUUAUUUACCCACGUGGUUUGGGUCAUCGAACAAACAAUCCGCGACGAAAGGUUGUUCAGUUUCAGUUCGGAUUCCACAUGGACUAGGAUUAGAGAAGGUCCAUAAAUAUAUAGCCUCCGAUCGGCCGAAAUGAAGUUCCUGCUGAAGAAAUGCCUCCGCAAGAAGGCGCCGGAAAUGAAGCCCGGCGCCAUCCUGGACGCCGUCAUCUCCCAGUCCUCGGCCACCGCCUGCAAGUGCCUACUGUACAAGCUGGCGGACUACAAGAGGGGAGGAGAUCUUAUAGACGCCAUAAACUCCGGAGGCCUGAUCGCCGUGGAGCAGCUGAUCCGGGAGCAGUUCGGCGUCUUCAUGUACAACGACGGGAAGGGCCAGGUGAUCAACCGGGCGGAGUUCCUGCGGUGGAAGUACCGGGACCACACCGAGGUGACCAUUCCCAUUGAGGCGUCGCUGUCGAUUCACGAUCCGCUGGGGAAGUGGGAGGAUCACAAGGCCUGCUGGCAGAUGCAGUACCGCGGCGCCUUGGGCGAGAGCCUGCUCCACGUGCUCAUCAUCUGCGACUCGAAGGUGCACACGAAACUGGCGCGGGUGCUGCUCCGGGUGUUUCCCAACUUGGCGCUGGACGUGAUGGAAGGGGAGGAGUAUCUGGGAGCGAGUGCCCUCCACCUGUCCAUUGCCUACAGCAACAACGAGCUGGUGGCGGACCUGAUCGAGGCGGGGGCGGACAUCAACCAGCGGGCGAUCGGCAGCUUCUUCCUGCCGAGAGACCAGCAGCGCGCCCAUCCGGCGAAGAGCACCGACUACGAGGGACUGGCCUACAUGGGCGAGUAUCCGCUGGCGUGGGCCGCCUGCUGCGCCAACGAGAGUGUCUACAAUCUGCUGGUGGACUGCGGAGCCGAUCCGGACGCCCAGGACUCGUUCGGCAACAUGAUCCUCCACAUGGUGGUCGUCUGCGACAAGCUGGACAUGUUCGGCUAUGCCCUGCGGCAUCCCAAGACUCCCGCCAAGAACGGCAUUGUGAACCAGACGGGUCUGACGCCCCUCACCCUGGCCUGCAAGCUGGGACGAGCGGAGGUCUUCCGCGAGAUGUUGGAGCUCUCCGCCAGGGAGUUCUGGCGGUACAGUAACAUCACCUGCUCCGGCUAUCCUUUAAAUGCUUUGGAUACCCUCCUGCCCGACGGGAGAACCAACUGGAACUCGGCGCUGUUCAUCAUCUUGAAUGGAACCAAGCCCGAGCAUCUGGACAUGCUGGACGGUGGCAUCAUCCAGCGUCUGCUGGAGGAGAAGUGGAAGACCUUUGCCCAGAAUCAGUUCCUCAAGCGUCUGCUCAUCCUGUCCACCCACUUGCUGUGCCUCUCCGUAUCCGUCUACCUGCGGCCGGCGCACGACGGCGAAGGCGAGGACGAUGACGGCUCAGAUGGAUCAGAUCCGGCGGCAGCCGCUCUCCAGGACGUGGAGGCGGGCGAGGACAAUGGUGGUGGGGACUACAAUGCCCAAACAGUGGCCAGAUAUUGUGCAGAGUUGGCCACCAUUGCCGGAGUACUCAGCUAUGUGAUCUUCCAGCAAGGCGAUGAGAUUAAGAAUCAGGGACUGUCUGCUUUCCUCAAGCAACUGUCCCAUGCCCCGGCAAAGGCGAUCUUUUUAUUCUCCAAUCUCCUGAUCCUGGCCUGCAUUCCUUUCCGGUUAAUUGGCGACACGGACACCGAAGAAGCCAUUCUCAUAUUCGCUGUUCCAGGAUCUUGGUUCCUGCUCAUGUUUUUUGCUGGAGCCAUUCGCCUCACAGGACCCUUUGUGACGAUGAUCUACUCCAUGAUCACGGGCGACAUGUUCACCUUUGGCAUCAUCUACUGCAUCGUUCUCUGCGGCUUCUCCCAGGCCUUCUACUUCCUCUACAAGGGACACCCCCAGGUCCAGUCCACCAUGUUCAAUACCUACACGAGCACAUGGAUGGCACUCUUCCAGACCACUCUGGGGGACUACAACUAUCCGGAUCUCAACCAGACCACUUACCCGAACCUCUCCAAGACCGUCUUCGUCAUCUUCAUGAUCUUCGUGCCCAUCCUGCUGCUCAACAUGUUGAUCGCCAUGAUGGGCAACACCUAUGUGACGGUCAUCGAGCAGUCGGAGAAGGAGUGGAUGAAGCAGUGGGCCAAGAUCGUGGUCACUCUGGAGCGAGCUGUGCCGCAGGCCGAUGCCAAGGGCUAUCUGGAGGCGUACUCCAUACCGUUGGGGCCCUCGGAUGACUCCGGUUUCGAGGUUCGCGGCGUAAUGGUGAUCAAGAGCAAGAGCAAGACCAGGGCCAAGCAGAGGAAGGGUGCCGUCUCCAACUGGAAGCGUGUGGGUCGUGUUACUCUGACGGCGCUGAAGAAACGCGGCAUGACUGGCGAGGAGAUGCGGCGCCUGAUGUGGGGACGUGCCUCCAUUUCCAGUCCCGUCAAGGUGACCAAACAGAAGCUCAAGGAUCCCUACGGAACCAACCUGCACACGGAAUCGGACUUCACCAACGCCAUGGACAUGCUGACCUUCGCCAACGAUCCGGCCUCCUCAAAUGGAGUGCCGCUGCGGGGCGCUACUGCACCGCCGCCACCCGCGCCUCCGGCUCCGGAUCCCUUUCGGGAGCUCAUCAUGAUGUCGGAUCAGAGGCCGGAAACCCACGAUCCACACUACUUCGCCGGACUCCAGCAGCUGGCCAACAAGGCCUUCGAUCUGGUCGAGCAAACGAUGAAGACCCAGCCCCAGCCGCCGGCUGCCAAGAAGGUGGAUCCGUCCACGCCCCUGCUGGUCACUACUCCCGGGGCACCUACUCCGCCGGCACCAGUUGCUGCUCCAGCGGCUCUGGCUGCCAUGCCGCUGCCGAUGACGAGUCUGGGCAACCUGUUCCAGGACCCCAAGGACAUUGUAGAUCCCAAGAAGCUGGAGGAGUUUAUGGCCAUGCUGGCCGAGGUGGAGACGGAGGAGAGCGACAGCGGUGGGCCCAUUCUGGGCAAGCUCUCGCUGGCCAAGCGCACCCACAACGCCCUCUCCAAGGCGGACAUACGCCGGGAGCAGCAGCCGGGCUUCGAGGGUCACAGCCAUGGCCAGUUCCAGGCCAUGUCGUCGGUGUGGGCGCCGCCCGGCCUGGAUGUGGAUACGGGCUUCCAUUUCGACGAGGCUGUGGCGGAGGAGGUGCUGACCAUCGAACAAGAGGCCGAGGUGGAGACCGAGGAUGGGAAUGGCGGUCAGGAUAGCGAGGAUCUGCCCACAUCGGAAGAGGUACAUGCCACCAUGAAGCAGUUCCAUCUGCGCAAGUGCCAGCCCUCCCAAGACGAGGCAGCUCGUCGGGCCAAAAGUGCUCGGAUACGCCGCCGCAACAACAAAGUCUCGCCGGAGGAGAGCGAGGCGGAUGACAACCAGCGUGGCCGGUCGGCGGCUCAUGCUGCUAGAAAGUCACGUACAUCGCCGCCCGAUCCCCUCGAGCCGUGGAGCACUCGGGAGCUGCAGGACAUCAACAAGAUCCUGGCCAGAAAGUAA